AUGUCCAAUAGUAGCUACAAAAAAAUGAUAGGUGUUAUCGAUCAGGGAACUAGCAGUUCUCGUUUUGUUGUCUUUUCCACCGUUACUGGUGAGGUUGUCGCCAAACAUCAAAUUGAAAUUGACCGAGACCACCCUGAAUCAGGUUGGGUUCAGCAAUCUGCCAACGAUAUCUACCAAAGCACACUUAACUGUAUUAACAUGGUUGCCAAAAAUUUUAAAUCUCGUAAUGUCCCUUUUAGGAAUAUUCGCGCAAUCGGUAUAACGAAUCAAAGAGAAACUACGAUUGCAUGGGAUCGCAAUACUGGUGAACCGCUCUGUCCAGCCAUCGUUUGGUCGGAUGCUCGAACUUCUGAUCUUGUCCAUAAAUAUAUCGAUCUCACACCUAACAAAGACAAGAACACGUUCCAAAAAAAGACCGGUCUUGCCAUACAUAGCUACUUUUCCGCUUUGAAAAUCCGUUGGAUGCUUGACAAUAAUAAAGCUGUAAGAAAGGCGAAUGAAAAUGGAACAUUAAUGGUUGGAACGGUUGAUUCGUGGCUGAUUUACAAGUUAACAGGCGGUAAGAAUGGAGGCAAACAUGUCACCGAUGUUACCAAUGCUAGUCGGACGAAUCUCUUCAACAUUCACAAGCGUAGAUGGGAUUUAGAAAUUUGCGAUUUCUUUGGAAUUGAUCCUCAAAUCUUGCCAAAGGUUAUCACCUCUGCACAAAAAUACAGCCACAUUAAUGACGAAGACUGUCUCUUAAAUGGCAUUGCUCUAGGUGGUAUUCUAGGUGAUCAGCAGGCAGCUUUGGUCGGUCAAACCUGGGAUCCUAACCCUGAUCCAAGCUCACCUCGACCUCACGUAAAGGUCACUUAUGGUACGGGUGCAUUUCUUCUAUGGGAUAUUGGUGAGCAACCUUCCUUCUCCAAUUACGGACUUUUGACCACCAUUGCGUAUCAAAUGGGCCACGACGCGCCGAUACACUAUGCUUUGGAGGGAGCGAUUGCCUAUUCCGGAGCAACGAUGGAUUGGCUUCGUUAUAAACUGGAGCUCUAUAAGGAUCACGCCGUGGGAGAUGAGAUGGCUCGAAAGGCUCUAUUGAAGCAACAUGGUGAAAUAAAACCCAAAAAACCGGGUGAACUUGUGACUCUAUCAACUUUGGACGCGUGUUACUUAGUGCCAGCCUUCUCUGGUCUCUUCUGCCCUUACUGGCGUGAGGAUGCGAGAGGUGUCAUCGCUGGUUUCGACGAGAGCUGUACCAGUGGUGAUAUAGUUGCUGCCGGUUAUCGAUCAUCGGCCUACCAAACUCAGGAUGUCCUUCAAAUCGCCCUUGAAUCCGAUAGUGGUGAGAAACGACGACCACCUCGAGUGAUAUCUGUGGAUGGUGGAUUAACGAAGAGUCCCAUUCUCAUGCAAAGUCUUGCUGAUAUCACCGGUUCAACAAUUAUUAGGCCAAAUAACUCCGAUGUGAUGACAGCACUUGGAGCUGCUAUUGCGGCAGCAAUUUCAGUUGGAAUUGAUCCCACGGGUCUUCUCUCGAUCCGAAAACACGAGGGGGAGAAUGAUGCAAAAAAUACCUAUAGGCCCAUGAUUUGUCCUAACACGAGAAACUUGUGGAUGAAGGGCUACAAGAAUGCAGUGAAUCGAUCGUUCGGUUGGAAAACAGAUGCUGAGGAGAAUGGACAUGCAUAG